AUGACUGUUGAAGAGAAGGUACAUCCAUCUGAGGAUUCCGCAUGGCCAAUCACUAUCAAUGACAUCCACAUCAAACAUUUGUCUAGUGUUGUGGACCAACUUUGUAAUGAUGCUCUCGAUACUCAACUCCCACGCGACAUUGAAAGACUGAAGAUCGUACGAGACCAAAUUUCCCAAGUCGUCAAAACUGAGUACGUCCAACUCUUUGGAAAGAUUCAAGCCGUUCUUUUCUUCAUCGACGGAGACGUUCCCUCUUCUGAAACCAUCAUUAUCUAUGGGAUUUACAACGAGAAGCAUCACGAAUUUCUGCAAAAACUCUACCGGAAGAUUUUGGUCAAGAAAGGUGUAAUCCCACAUGCCCCACCACAUUUAGUCAAGAAGCAAAGACCAGGGGAGGACUUCUGCGCCUUUCCCCGGUCCAUCGAUCCAAUUUUGGAGGAUGGCCUCCCGAAGAGCGUGUGUGAGUAUUUGGAUAAAUACCAUCUCGCGAAACAAGCCUCCAGGAAAGCUCUCAAUGUAAAAGAGCUUUCGAUGAAGACCGGACUGUCCGAGGGUAUCAUCGAGCUUCGUUUCCAAAAGCAUCGCGAGCAGAAGUUACAAGCACGAAGACCAUUGGUCAAGAAGGAAGAACCAGAAGAGACGGAAGAUGACACUGCCCAAUAUCACCAACAGGCUCACUACUACGAACCCCCACAAUACUGGCAUGGGAAUGUCAUGUUUGAUUGCUAUCCAAGUCCACCAGUCGAAACGUGUCAUCGUUUUCCGCUUACCCGUGUUCCACUUGAUCAGCCACUCACCAUCGAAAUUCCACAGGAGUUCCCAUGUUACUUUCCAAAUUACUAA